AUGCUCGCUGUUGCCGGUGGCAUUGCGAUCGCCAUCCUUGUUAUCGGCCUGGGAGCCUGGCUUGUUUCCAGAUGGUUGAAACAACGUGAUUCACCUCAACGCGCAUUGAACAAGAACUGGCGGCUUCGUGCAGAUCGAUGGAAAGCUGAUAAAACUCGUGCAGCAAAGGCCAAAAAGGGUAUGAAAAUUGUUUGA